AGUAGACCACCCUUGGCACAAUGUCGGCGUGUGAAGCUUCCCUGGUAGUAUGGUGAAGAUGAAACUGUAAUGUUGGUAGGAUUAAUACUUGAUGUUCAUCGUCCAAGACUGAUAGUGUAAGCACCACCGAAAAGUAUUCAAAGAUGGCAGAAAUGAACGAGGACCUUGUCCCAAGUCAUCUGAGCGCGCAUUACAGCCGCAGCUCGUCGUCGUCUUUCGUGCCAUGCCGUCUCGCUUCUACACAAGGGGGCGCUUUCAUCAUGCCAACUACGGUAUUUACUGCUCCUAGCAACCACCAAAGUAAUAUGCGGAGUACAACCUCCGCCGGGCAGCGUGACUUCUGCCAACGGGGCAUCGUGACAAAGUCAAUCGAGAUAGUACUCAGCCAGCACACGUCGGAUGAGAUAUGCCAAAGCAACAGACCGUCACGUGGCAGAAGGAGAAGAAGGACCACUGCAAGACGCCCGCUUGCCGCAACAACGGCCUUGGUAGCGGCGGUUUCGUAUCAGGGAGGGACUUUUUUCCAAGCCGCGUCUGCCUUUGAUCGCGACGGCCACGAGGCAAUCGGCAUGACGGCGAUGAGUGCGAUCGAAAGGGGGAAGGUGAGGGGUUGAUAGCUUGUUCUUCAUGAAAUAGUGCAUGACAAAAUGAAAAUGCCGCGUAAGAUAUAUUUGAUUUGAAAUAUGCCCCAAUAAAUCCUCCAGGUGCUAACGACAAUGAAGAAACUUUUGAAAGGCAAGGACAUCAUGGACAUAAGCGGGUGGGCGCACGCGGUUGACGAGAAGUUCACAUGGGCACAGCAGAUGCACUAUCAGACAUACAAACUCGGUAUUGUAUGUAAUGCAUCCCUUGCAUUAUUGAUUCCGCACGGGACCUCUACUUCUUCCAAGCUGCGCAUUCCUAUCCAGGUCUGCAAUGACCUUUUACUACGUUUUGAUCGAAGGCGCAUUCUAGUACCAACUUCUGCAAUUUCCCCCAGUAUAAAUUUCUUCACAGGCGGCCAAGAGACCGACCCCUACGAACAGCAGUGCGAAAAUUUAUCCCUCUUGGACGACGAAGCCCAUUGCCCGGGGAAGAUGUGUCUUCUGCCCGCCAUGAAGCACUUCUACGCCAACAUUGUGAAGGCAAAGAACGUGCCCGCGGCCCCGGCGAUCUCGUUCCCCGGUGGCCACACGUUUACGGACGCCGAUGGGAUGAAGUUUUUGGUUAAUUUGCUCGGCGACGUCCACCAACCGCUCCACUUCUUGCCCAGCAACGGACCGUUAGGGUAUAUAGAACGUGUAUGUUUCAAGUUCAACAAAUAAACCGCAGUUUGUGGUCAUCGACAGGACGUAGGUGAAACAACCUCUAGCUCAAGCAUGUGGUCUUUCGCGAUGCAUGUACUUGUGGUCCCACUGUGCAAAACCAAUGAAUCCAAAGUACUUAUGCAAUUUUAUCCCAAUCUAUAUCUAUCAGGUCCGACGCCCCGGUGAAGAAAAAGCAGGACCUUCCCUGUUUCCAAAAGCAAGUCUCCUCCUUCGCGGGCAAGGGCUCUUUCUAUGAACUUUGGGACAAAGACAUGACGCAGACGAUCCGCACGCGCAACCCCAUGUGGUGGGACGGGGGCUGGACGAACAUCCACCGGGGGCGGGGUUUCGGGGUCAAUUUCGACGCCCAGGCGCUGUACGAGAAGGAGAAUCAAGACUUUAUCAAGAAGAACAAGGAGAAACUGGAAUCCGCGAAGAAGUCUACCACCGACGCCGGCGAAAUCGCGAACUUGCAGGCCAACGAGAACGCAAAAAUCGCGUUUGAGUUUCUCGAGAAAUGGACCCGGGACGCCGCGGUGUAUGCGUGUAAAAAUGUGUACCGGGACUAUGACCUGCUCAACCGUUACAAUCUCAAACGUUACAAUAGACUCUGGGUAGAUUUGUCUCGCAUGAUGAGCAUGACAGACUCGCAGAGCGUUCCACUAUCUGCAAUACAAAUUGCGCCAGAUCCUUGUAGUGGGGUUUGGGGCUCCAGGAGAACUUGUCAUGCGCAAUCCUAGAAGAGUUGGCUAGAUCAUGCACUCUUGCAUCAGAGAUUUCCAUAUUCUAUUGUAACGUUUGAGAUUGUAACAGCUGAGCGGGUUAUAGGGACCCCGUCGCGAAGCGGAUGAUCGACGAGGGGUACACCAUUCCAGAGCAUGACUUCGAAAUCUGGAAGCACAACAUGCUCGAACGGAUGCUCACCGCGGGGGCCAGGACGGCGAUAUUGGUAUUGUCAUUGUUUUUCAGCUCGUCUUCACGUUGGAAGUGUUAUGGUGGGGUACUGCUUGCAUGACAGGUAGUACACAAUGUGUCUGCAUAGUUUUUUAGCACGACAAACUUGAAGCAAUGAAAAUCAUACUACGAUCCAGGUUAACGCCAUCGUCGAGGGCUACGUAGACAAGCCCGCGACGCACGAAAACUUUUCCUCCGGCACUGCUCUCAGGGAUGUUGUGGAUAUCGCAGAAAAAUAUUCGAUGUUGGCUAGCAGAAUUGAUGUUCGCACUUUUAACCUGUGAUUUGCAAGUAGGCAUCAGAUGAAUAUUAGAGUACCAGCGCACCAGAAUUCUUUUGUUUGCAGCAGGAUUCUUUUCUAUUCGCAGAUGAUCAUUGUAGUUGUCCGCGCAAGACAGAAUGUUUUCUCAGCCCGUAUGUGCAUGGCAAAUUGAAGUUGUUUUGAUUUAUUAUUCUAUGCUAGGCCUAGAAGGCUUCUUCCAAAUGAUAUCAAACCCGGAGGAUGCGGAGAUAUUUGACGACGACGUGAAGACGGGCGGAAGUAGGGCGCGACUAUCGUAUAGAAUUUGUUUCGGAUAAUUUGUGAUGAAGAAGUCGAUCACAUCAGAGGAGCAAAUCAUUUUUGUCAUCAUGCGCAUGUCCCAGCUGUUGAGCUUUCGCUUCGUACUACAUCUACAUUUCAAGUAUACCAACGAAACCCCCUGAUCACACAGUCCGGAGAUCGCCUUCCGGAACUGCAUGAUAAACUUGUGCCUCUUCCUGCUGCAACUGGCCGGCCUGGUUGCUUUCCUGAAGUACACGAGCCCGCCCGCGCACCUCGGAACCUACAACGUGACACUGUCGGACAGUGAAGGUGGCAAGAACUCCAAGAACAGCGUGGAGAUGGCGCAAACGGGCAAGCGAAAGGAGUGAAGAAAGGAAGCGUUGUGGGUUUUUUGCAAAAAACUUCGUGCGUGGCGAUCUACACAUUUUUUGCGUCGCAAGCGUAAUCGAAGAACAUGCUUGUUUUCCGAUCAAACAUGAAAUUGUACAGAGAAAAGUAGAAAACUUCGAUCAAACAUCAAUAUCGAAGGAAGAACCUAGUUCACUGAUUCACUCACAAGACAGCUCAAUAGGAAGCAGAUGCCAAGUAGUCUUAGGGAACCAAUACGAAAGGCUGGCAGGGAC